AUGUCUCGAUGGCCCAGAGUAUUUGAGCAGAUGCUGACGGCGUAUGCUACAGCAGCUCUAGCCCGCUGGAUGGGCCGCUCUCCAUUUUUUUUGCGCAUCACUGAACGCGCGUUACAUGAAUGGGACCAUUUGCCGCAUCGGUUGCGGGGACACGCUGUGCCGCCGUUUGAGUCACAGACUCGGGAUACAAAAAUUGACUAA